CCUAUUGGCCCGUUCCUGCUGACAGUCACACGUAAACAUAUCCCAGGAAGACCACCGGCCUGACACGCUGUGGGCAGCGAGGACCUUCUCAUUUGGAGCUGGACGGAGGUCGAUGGACCCGCCUGGCCUGUAGCUGAGAACAGAAGCACUGCGUUAGAGCCCGGUCCUCAGGGACUGAACCGGGACGAGAGGUUGAUGAGGUCCUGGUAGACAUGGGACGUCUGCGGACCGGAGAGAUAUCGUCUACGCUUUUCUGAGACAACUAACUAUUUCUGGAGCGAGAUCUGGUUCUGGGAGAUGAUCGCAGCUGGCAGGAUCGGCCCGGGGAACUCUGCGUAGAUCUGAAGGUGGCCUGUUGCCAAGGGGAUUGCCGCAAUGGCCGACUGGAACUUGCUGGGGAAGCUGCUGGAGAGCGCCCAGACGCACUCCACCGUGGUGGGCAAGGUGUGGCUCACCGUGCUCUUCAUCUUCCGCAUCCUGGUUUUGGGCGCAGCCGCCGAGAAGGUUUGGGGCGACGAGUCGUCGGGCUUCACCUGCGACACCAAGCAGCCUGGCUGUGAGAACGUCUGCUACGACCGCACCUUCCCCAUCUCCCACAUCCGCUUCUGGGUGCUGCAGAUCAUCUUCGUGUCCACGCCCACGCUCAUCUACCUGGGCCACAUCCUGCACCUGGUUCGCAUGGAGGAGAAGCAGCAGCAGAAGGAGAAGGACCGCGAGGAGGAGCACGCACUGCACAGCGAGAAGCAGGAGCUGCUGGCGGCCGAAGGAGGAGGUGGAGGCAAGGCCAAGAAGGCGCCGGUGAAGGACGGCCAGGGCCGGGUGCGUCUGCACGGGGUGCUGCUGCGGACGUACGUCUUCAACGUCAUCUUCAAGACGCUGUUCGAGGUGGGCUUCAUCGUGGCGCAGUACCUGCUGUACGGCUUCCAGCUGAAGGCCAUGUACACCUGCGACCGUUGGCCCUGCCCCAACACGGUCAACUGCUACAUCUCGCGGCCCACCGAGAAGACCAUCUUCAUCCUGUUCAUGCUGGUGGUGGCCUUCCUGUCGCUGCUGCUCAACCUGGUGGAGAUCUACCACCUGGGAUUCACCAAGUGCCACCAGGGCCUCCGCUUCCGGCGCUCGCGCCAGAGGAAGGCCGAGCUGACCCGGAUGCCCAGCGAGGCGCCGGCCGUGAUGCACUUUGUCCCCAACUACAACUACUACACCGCGCACGCGCACGCGGCGCGCGGGCGGGGCGGCGGCGGCGGUGGCGGGGAGGCCUUCCACGGCGACUCCAGCUACGGCCUGGCCGAGCCCGGCGGCGCCGCCUACAGCAACCCCUACAGCAGCAAGGCCGUGUCCAAGCAGAACCGCGACAACCUGGCGGUGGAGCGGCGGGCGGAGAGCGACGACGGCGGCGGCGGCGGCGGCGGCGGCGGGUCCUUCGAGAGACCGGCGGAGAACAAGCGACGCAACAGCCAGACGAGCAAACACAGCAACACUAAGACGCGCGGCGACGAUCUGAAGAUCUAGAGGAGGGUGGCGUCAGGGUGGAGGAGCGGAAGAUCGAGAGGACAGUGUCCAGGUGGAGGUGGAGGAGAAGGAGAUCUGGAGGAGGACGGUGUCAGGGUGGAGGUGGAGGAGCUGGAAAUCUAGAGGAGGACGGCGUCCAGGUCAAGGAGGAGGAGCUGGCGGUGUAGCGAAGAACGGCAUCAACUCACGGGUGGACGGUCUAAAGGUGUAGUCGAGAACAUCAUUAAGCUGCAGGUGGAGGAGCUGCAGCUGUAGCAAAGAACGGCAUCAAGAUGUGGGUGGAGUUCCUUAAGGUGGAGCGGAGAAUGGCAUCAAGACUUGGGUGGAGCCUGUUACUGCCAGUAAAGUGGUGAAGGGGCGCAGGUGAUCGGUGGAGACGCUGUGUGUUUACGGGCCAUUAAGUACUUGAAUAAAACUGAAACUGUGAAAAGUAGGAGUAACCAUUGUUCAUGUAUUGGAGCGUGCAGUCAGAACCCACUGAGCCAGCAUGCAGUUCAGCACUGAAAUAGAAACAUGACUGUGCUUCCGUCUGAAUGGUUUCCCGUUACGAUAACAGAUGAGGAGGCUUUUAAUGUCCUUAAUGUGGUUGACAAAAUGUGGCUUGCCCUUGUGAAAACUGUUUACGCUAAAGUAAAUUAUUUCCCCCUUAA